CUGGCUAUCCAGCUGUCAUGAUUGUAUCAGUCGAAAGGUCGAAAGCAAACUCAUCCAAAGCAGAAUAGUAAGCGCAAUCCAUUAUCGGAUCGUUUGUAGAAUCUUUCUUGUGUUAAAGGUGUUUAGUGAAAAGUGAUUGCUCUCGAUACAGAUGAGCUAUUUGUAACACCCGUGAAUGAUAAAGACGAGGACCAGCGAAGAGGUCGCGUUGUACAUUGUAGUUCGGUUUUGUAGAUAUAGAGAGGAAAGCUUGCAGGUGAAUAAAAAGCAAGACGACACAGAGGAGAAUGUUCCCGAGCGGCGUAAAUCACCAAACCGUAACUGCCGGGUUGCUCAUUCUGCUGAGCUUCGGUGUGCAUUAUAGUUGCCAACAAAAUGAACCUAACGAUUAUAUGAAGCGAGAGCAUUCCCUCAUCAAACCAUUUCAGGGCUCAGGGAUGACUAUUCCUUAUUGGAAUUUCAUAGGAUCCACCUUUGUGACGAAUAGUUACGUCCGGCUUACGCCCGACUCUCAAUCCAAGAGUGGAUCUAUUUGGAAUCAAUUGCCCUGUAAUUCGAUCAAUUGGGAGAUACAGAUAAGUUUCAAAGUACACGGUAAAGGCAAGGAUCUGUAUGGCGAUGGAAUGGCCAUUUGGUAUGCCAAGGAUCGGCUAGAGAUGGGACCAGUGUUUGGAAGUCGGGACCAUUUUCAAGGUUUAGCAGUUAUUCUCGAUACAUACAGCAACCAUAACGGGCCACACAAUCAUCAACAUCCAUACAUUAGUGCCAUGGUGAACAAUGGUAGUCUAUCCUAUGAUCAUGAUCUAGAUGGAACACAUACGCAAUUGUCUGGUUGCGAGGCUAAGUUCAGAAACGUAGACUUUGAUACUCUCGUCAGCAUCCGAUACGAAAAUGAUGUGCUGACAGUAUCCACCGAUUUGGAGAACAAGAACACAUGGAAGCAAUGUUUGCAAGUUUCCGGUGUCAAAUUGCCUACGGGCUACCAUUUUGGUGUAUCAGCAACGACCGGCGAUUUGUCCGAUAACCAUGACGUGCUGGCAAUCAAGUUCUACGAACUGGAAGCGCCGGCGCUUUUGGCGGAAGAUCGCAGUCGCAUUAUUCCAUCAGCGGCCACUUUUGAUGCGCCUCGCGAACAUAAAGAUGAUCCGAAGCAGGGCGGCUCAUCGAACGUGAAAAUCUUCUUCCUCAUCCUGCUGUCCAUGCUGAUAGUGGUGGUGCUGGUCGUUAUUGGAAUUAUGUUCUACCAGAGGCACCAGGAGAACGCUAGAAAACGCUUCUACUGAAAAAAAGGGAAACAUCACACACACACACCCACACACACACACAAACAAACCGUGGGAUUAGCUUUACAACAUCAAAUUUUCUUUCUGCUAGCGAGCGCUUGAGAGGGAAAAACAGAACCACGUAACAAAAACGUACGCAUAUUUUAUGACGGGAACAUUUUGUUUAAAAUACAGAAAGUGACAUUGCUGAUGUUGGGUCAAUCUUUUCUUGGUGGAAUUUGGUGAAGACAUGGUGUGUGCGUUAAAUAUUCUUCGGUUAGGAUGUGCGUAUUGAGGUGAACAUUAGUUUGUAAGAACCCUAGUCUACAGUAUGUGGUGGAUUGGCGUCGAUUUUCGAUUCUCGAACGAUUAUGAUUAUAUCCAUCCGAUGGGAUGGAAUCGCGGUAGAGAUUAUAUUGAACGAGAACGUUAAGAAACGUUAUCCAAGUCAAAACCACAUACUUUCUUCGUCGGAAAUAUAAACGCUGAAAAUGA